AUGCCAUCUUUCGACGACAGCGACGACGUCUACGGAGCCACCAGCUCUCGUUUUCUCUCGAUAGGCUCGACCAAGGCCCCACGCAAGUCGCCAUCUCGCCAAAGUCUGAGCAUCCACGCGCGCCGCUCGACAGCAUCCCUGCGCGGAUCGAGCCUCGCGCAGACACUAGACGACGAUGCAGCAAACGGCCGGCACUCGCUCGCCCAUGAACUCGCAGUGGCACUCAUGCCAGAACCGAGCGCAGGCUCGAAGCUCUUAGCGGAGGAGUUUGGAAUCGAGUACGAUGAGGGCGCCGAGGGCAUCGACGAGGGCCACCACGCGCAGAACAGCGAGCUGGACGUCAACGGAGGGCCCUCUUUCCGCGCGGAGCUCGAGCUCGGGCCCGACCCGUCACAGCUGAACGGCAUCCACGACGCACCGCCCUUCGCUGCGGACGCGCCGGCCGACAUCGAUCCCGUCUUCGAGAGCACUACGCCUUCACCGAAGCAGCGAAAGCAGCCGGAGCAGGACCCAAUGGUCAUUCUUGCGCAGGACCUGGAAUACACCGAGAAAUUUCUAUCGCAGCUGCGGCGGCUCGAUGCGGACCACGGCGGGCCUACGGCACAGCCGACGCUCGAGACGCUCGCGUCGGACAUGAUUCGGCGUAUCAAUGACACCGUACGUGACCGAGAAGGGCAGGUGCGCGAGCUGCUUGAGUACGAGCGCGAGUUCCGGCGCAUCGCUGGCGAGGUCGGCGGGAACGACGUGCUUGGACAGCUGGACGAGCUAGAGGACCUCAUUGACGAGCCGCUACGGGAAGAGCCCCGCGCACAAUCACAUACAUUAGAUGCGAUACAGGAGGAGUCUACGUCGAGCAUCCACCUGCCAAGCACGAAUGACUGGGAGGUCGAUCCCGAGCAGGACCGGCUCGGCGAAGAGGACGAGGACGAAGAAGACGAAGAGUCCGUAUACUAUCCCCAGCCCACCAAGACUGAAUUUCCGCCACCACCCCCGCUGAGCGGCCCUCCAACGCCCGCAAACACCAUCCCCCAGCUCGUUCACCUACGCACAUUCACGUCAUCCGCUGCCACAUCGCUCGCGACGAUAUCGGAGCACACCCAAGUAAAUGCGGCGGCGACGACGGAGGCUGGACGGAAGAUUCGCGCGUUGAAGAAUAAGCUCGGCGGGUGGCGGGUGGAAUGGGACAGCGCGGAACGCAGUCGGGUGAAGAUCGACAAGUGGGAGGCGGGCAUAGACAUCGAAGCUGCAUCGCCGGUGAUGCGCUCGCACAGUGCACGGCGGAUUGACGGGCGGAAACUCGUACAGGAACAUCUGCAGGCGUUCGAAAAGGCGCUGAUGGAGGCGAAUAUGAAGACACAGGCUAUAAUGACCUCUGUCGCUGCGUGA